UAUAGGACAUGCCGAACUGUUGAUACACAAAUGAUCUUAACUAUUCUUAACUGUACACUAAUUUAACCUAUUGUGAGUUUUAAACCUUUAGGACACUUUUUGUAACAAACUAUCGCUUUUUUCCCCAUGUAGUUUCUAACAGACUGUGAAAAAAUUAAUUUUCUUGUAUUUGUAGGGGAAACCGCAUCCGGUCCGUCGACGACAACGCUAUACAUUAUAUCGUAAUGUAGUGUCAUGUGUGAAUGCAAAGUGGGGGAAAUUUGAGAACACCUAGGUCGGUUUUGUAGCGUCAACUUGCGGGCACCAGCUAUUUUAGGUAUAGGAAGAAGCAUCUACCCUGUGUGUUCACAUUCAUUGUGCAGAAAUCCGUCGGACCAGUUGGAAGUCAUGGGCGUGCUACUUAGAUUUUUGUUGGCGGCUGUGUUGUGCGCGGCGUUGGUUUUCUCUCAAAAUGAUUUGCAAGAUGAAUGGCCACCAGGAUGGACAGAGAAAUGCAUCGGUUGUAUAUGUGAAGCUUCAUCAGGAUGCAACCAAACACUCGAGUGUAUCGAGCAGAACGACGUCAAGUACUGUGGUGUGUUUUUGCUAAGUGACAUUUAUUGGCAAGAUGCCGGAACACCCGUUCUUUUAGGAGAUGACCCAUCUCGAAUUGGAGCUUUUGAGCGCUGUGUACGAGAUCCGUAUUGUGCUGCCAGAGCAGUAAACCAGUACAUCCAACGAUAUGCAAAGGAUUGUAACCGGGACGGUGUGAUUUCCUGCGAUGACUACGUUCGACUACAUUACUUUGGCGAAGCAAAUUGUGAAAGACCUAUUGCAUCUCUUCCUUACUAUAGAGUUUUCAAAAGUUGUAUUACAUCCUAAACAAAUUAUUUAAAUCGUAAUCACAUUAAGAUUUUACAUUUAUCCUUAAUUUAAUUUAAUUUAUUUCAUGUAUUUUUAUACAAUAACACAUACGUUUUAUAAAAUAUAUUACUUGUGCGUUGCUCAGAAACGAUCUUAGUAUAUUUC